AUGUCGAUAGCCUGUGUGAUAUUCGUGGGUCGACUUGGGGAAAAUGAGCUUGCAGCCGUCGGACUGGCCCUGUCUAUCUUCAAUGUCGCUGGCUUCUCUACAUUCGGUAGCGGUAAUAGAUAUCGAAUGGGAAUUGAACUUCAAAAAGCAAUCUACAUCACGUCGAUAUGCUGCGUCUGUUGUUGGGGUAUCUUUCUGAGUAUUGAACCGCUUCUUCUGGCAAUUAAAAUUAAUCCGCGGAUUGCAAAAAUGUCAGCCGAGUAUCUAGUCUACAUGAUACCUGCAAUAUUUUUUGCAUCAGGAGUCAGCGUUAUGGAGAAAUACAUUCAAUCUCAGAAUAAGAUGCUACCACCUCUAGUCAUCUGGGCAACUGUGAACAUUUUGAACGCUUUACUGCACUACCUUCUUCUCUUCCCGCUGGAAGUUGGAAUCAAGGGCUCUGCUAUCGCCCAGUCGGUGAGCUAUCUCUGUGCAACAAUCCUGAUGAUUUCCUAUCUCUACUUCUCUAAACUUUACCAGGCUACUUGGAAUGGAUACAGCCACGCAAUGUGGUAUGAUUGGGGUAGCUGGUUGAAACUUGGAAUUCCAGGUCUUGCUAUGAUUGCUCUGAAAUGGUGGUAUUUCGAAAUCGGCCUGAUUCUUGUUGGUACUGUCGGAGUAUCGGAAUUGGCAGCACAAACACUUCUAAUAAACCUCAAUCAAGCGUUCUACAAUCUGUUUUCUGUCGGUCUGGCCAUUGCUUGCAGCAUAAUUGUCGGCCAGAGUCUGGGCUCAGGUGAAGCCGAUGUCCCGAUUGUGGCCAUUUUAGCUGGAUUGUUCCUUACUUGCACUGGUAUGUCUUUAGCUGCUGUUCUAUUGCUAGCUCUUCGUUGGCAGGUUUCGAAGAUAUUCACCUCAGAUCCAAGUGUUAUCGCCAUUGCUGCUCAGUGCAUGCCCCUGUUUUGUGUCUUCCUCGUAUUCGAAGGGGCCGUGGGUGUUAUGGGCGGAGCAAUACGAGGAUCUGGUUUGCAGCCCGUGGGCGCUUUGGUCAUUUUCGUGUGCCUCUAUAUUAUUUCUGCGCCGUUGGGAUUCACACUUCUUCUAAAGUCAAACCUCAAGCUCACAGGUCUAUGGAUCGGCUCUAUGACUGGACUUAUCCUGAUCUCAAUUGUUUACCUAAGUUUGCUCCUACGAACCAACUGGCAUAAACAAAUCGAACUGGCGGCGAAGCGAACAAAAAAGCAAAUACCUCAAACUGAUAGCUUUGAUAGCAUUGAAAUUUCAGGUAUUUCAAGUGAGGAAGAAAGCACAGUUAAGAAGACUAGUUUCGAUUCAAAUCUGGUCGAACGGACUCAGGUGGCAGGAUCAACAUCCGAGAAGGAGCAGUCUGUAUGGUGUGUCAUUGUCUCAAGAGGUCUCUUUACAGCUGGGAUGCUACUAAUAUUCAUAGCGGGUCUAGUUCUCAAAUUGUGCAUUCCUCUCUCAGACUUGUUUGGAAUUGCUUGCCUACGGAAGAAUGGAACCUUCUUUUGGGUUCCAGAAGCUAGUGCUUCGGAUCCCAUUAAUCUUAACGCCUUUGCCACCAGUGAAAACUGCACCAUCUUUAUUCCCUAG